GCUGAAUAUUCAGGACUGGUAAUUAGCUGGACCAGAAUCAAUGUUUACCAAAAGUAACCACAUCGACUGAGCUGAAAAGAAUAUGUUCUUUCUUGCAAUAUACAGUACUUUCAAAAAUCCAUGAUGGGAGACCGUCAAUCAGGAUAACAGUAACAGCCACCUCAGGUUCCCAAACCCAGCAGUUGGUUUCCAGUUGAAUUAGUCUCUGAUGUUACCAUCUGAGUGAUAUCAUGGGGACUGCAGCAACAGUGCCGGAUGAUCUGCAACCUGUGAAGCGGAGCAGCAGCUUCACAUGGCUGCCACCUCACAUGUCUGGGCUGAGGGUUGUUCUGCUGGGGAGCAGCUGGUCUGAGAGGAGUUCAGUGGGGAACUUCAUACUGGGAAAGACUUUGUUCGAUACUGAGAAAGAACCGGACUGCUCUCAGAGAGUCAGUAGACAGUUCAAGGAGAAAGAAAUAGUUGUCAUCAACACUCCAGAUCUGAUGCUUCCUGACAUCCCCCUAAAACAACUGACACAACAUGUAGAAAACUGUGUGAGUCCCUCUGAUCCUGAACCUCGUGUGUUCCUGCUGGUUCUGCAGCCUGAAGACUUCACUGAGGAACACAAACUGAAGCUCUGCAAAGUCCUUCACCUCUUCGGUGAUCAAUCAUUUGAUCGUUCAUUGAUACUGAUAUCAACACCCAAAGAGGAGAGUCCAACUUUCAUGGGCAAACCAGACCAGCCCUUAAAAGACAUGAUGACAAUGUGUAGAAACAGAUACUUGUACCAGAAUAACCUUGAACUUUCAGAGCUGUUAACACGUUUGGGUCAAACUGCAAAGGAGAACAAUGGAGAUCAUGUGAGCAGUGAUGUGUUUAAGGAUGAGGAUGCAGGUUUGAUCAUGACACUUAAGUCUGGACACGUCAAACCAUCUUUGAAGCUGGUUCUGUGUGGGAGGAGAGGAGCAGGGAAGACUUCAGCAGCCAAGGCCAUUUUAGGUCAGACAGAGCUUCAUUCAGUCUCCAGCUCAUCAGAGUGUGUUAAACAUCAGGGAGAGGUGUGUGGAAAUCUGGUUUCCCUGGUGGAGCUUCCUGCCUUGUAUGGAAAACCUGAGGAGGAAGUGAUGGAGGAAUCAUUCAGGUGUAUCUCCCUCUGUGAUCCUGAAGGCGUCCAUGCCUUCAUCCUGGUCCUACCUGUGGGUUCUCUUACUGAUGAAGACAAGGGAGAGUUAAAGACCAUCCAGAACACAUUCAGCUCUCCAGUCAAUGACUUCACCAUGAUUCUGUUCACUGUGGAGACAGAUCCUACAGAUCCAGAUGUUGUUCAGUUUAUAAAGAAAAAUAAUGGCAUCCAGGAGCUCUGUCAAAGCUGUGGAGGAAGAAAUGUUGUUCUCAACAUCAAGGACAAACAGCAGAUCCCAGAGCUGUUGGAUGCUGUUGAAAAGAUGAGAGGUGAAAGAUCCAGAUGCUUCACAAUGAAGAUGUUUACCACGGCUCAGAAGGAGAAGGUUUCAAGGCUUAGAGCUGAACUGCAGGAUGUGAAACAGAGAAGUGAGAUGGGAGGAGCUGAUGAAAAUCAGAGUAGAGAGUGUCUCAGGAUGGUGCUGAUUGGAAAGAUUGGUGCCGGCAAGAGUUCAACAGCAAACACCAUUUUAGACAAAAAGCAUUUCAAACCCAGAAUCACCCCGAAGCCGGCGACCAAGUCUUGUGAGAAAGCAACAGGAGAGAUUGAUGGACGGCCUGUUGUCGUCGUCAACACCCCCGGCUUGUUCGACACAACUGUCUCUGAAAUUCAACAGGAGAUUAAAAGGUGCAUGAGCAUGUUGUCUCCUGGACCUCAUGUGUUCUUACUGGUGCUGCAGAUUGGGAACUUUACACCAGAGGAAAAAGACUCCGUGGAACUGAUCCAGAAAUAUUUUGGCAAGAAGUCUAGAGAUUUCAUCAUCAUUAUAUUCACCAGAGCAGAUGAACUGGAAGAUCAGCCAUUUGAGAGUUAUAUCAAAGAUUGUGAUGGCUUUGUCAAACAACUCAUAAAUGACUGUGGAGGAAGAUACCAGCUCUUCAAUAACAAAGAUGACACAAACCGCACACAAGUCACAGAGCUGCUGCUCAAUGUUGAGGCCAUGAUGAAGAAAAAUGGUGGCUGCUACGAUACUGAGAUGUUUGACGACAGAGAGGGAUACACACAGAUACAGAUUUUGAAAGAGAAGGAAGAGGACCUCCAGAGAAAAUAUCAAGAAGAAUUGAAAACACUGAGAGGCAAAAUCAAAGAAGAGGAGAGAAAACUGAGAGCAAAACAGCUGCAGGAGAAAGAGGAAUGCAUCAAAAAGGAAUGUGAGGAGAGAAAGAAAGAACGGGAGGAAGAGGAAAGAAGACGGAAAAAACAAGAGGACACUAUGCGACAGGAAUGGAGAAGAAAACUGGAAGCUUCGGAGAAAAUAGUUCAAUCAGAAAGAGAAAAUGCUGCAAAGAAGUUGGAGCAGUUUAGAAAAGAGAUGAAGAGAGAGCGAGACGCCUGGAAUAAGGAAAGGAAGGACAUCUGUGAACGAAUGCGUAAAGAGAAUAAACAGAGUCUGGAAAAGGGGAAACCGGGCUUCAGAAAGCUCCGAGAAGAGUACAACCAUAAGACAAGAAAGUUGACAUGUUGUGUUGGGCUGAUGUUGUUUGUAUUAUAUCUAUUAUGUUAUAUAUUUCUGCGUUAGGCAUACACACACACUACAGACAGCACAAAGACAAAAGAACACACAUGAAGAGUUUUACUACUUGCUAGGCUGAUAAAGGGUUUACAUUUAUGGACUUUACAGAUGAAUGUCUACAUCUUCAGUUCACAAUCGUGGCAGGAAGUGAAGCUGUAAACCAAUUCAAAAACACAUCAGGACACAGACACAUUAGAAAGAGUUGGUCUAAUAUCUAAUUUCCAAAGCUUAAGAGCAGUGUUUAGCAAGUUACUUAAAAAUGUAAUCAAUUAAUAAUUACUUCAUUAUUGAAAAAGUAAGUUCAUUACUUUACUAAUUACUCAACAGCAGAAGUAGUUACAUAACAUGUUAUAUUACUUCACGUUACUCAGCCAACUGUAAUGUAAUUGCUUGAUUUUUGGAUUUUUGGAAAUUGGAAUCUCAUAUACUACUCACUGAACAUGUAUUAUUUCUAUUGAAAAUGUAAAGGUUUAGAAAAGUAUUUGAUGAUUCUUGUGAUUUCUCCAAAUCAGCUGUCCUUUUAAACUACUGAGUUUCUUAAAGUGGAAGUGAAGCUUCCAACCAAGUUAAGCUUGUAUUGUAUUGUUCCCGGAUGUAAAUAUGAGUUUUACAAUGUUAAAAAGAAGGACACUCCAUUUCAUAAACUGACGCUGAAUCGGAGAUCAGUAAGUGACUGCAGCGCUGACUAGUGACACUGAAAGAGUCCUCCGACAGGCACUGAGUCCAGCUGCCUGUCCUCUCCCCUCUCUGAUCCCCUGUCUCUGUCUCCCCAUCUCCUGUCCUCUCCCCUCUCUGAUCCCCUGUCUCGGUUUCUCCAUCUCAGACAUUGAGAGACAUUAUCGGCCUAAUGUUAACUGUGUUCUCCUUUAACUAACUACUGCUUUGUACAUACUAUGAUCAAAUGUCUCGAUGUGUAAAUGUGAAACAAUUACUUCAGAUAUACAUUUUUUUUUUUUUUAAAUGUUCACAUCCAAUUCAAGCAUUCAAAAAUUAAUCAUAGCGUUAGUUCAGCAGAGCUGAAUUUGCGAUUAUAUGGCUGAUAGGCAUCAGCUGUUUGCAGUAUGCCUCACAAUCAUUGGUUCAUUCAUUGCUCUGAGCCUUGUAAAGUCCAAUCAUAUUCAUGCAGGAGUACAGUGCGGAUAUGAUAACCUGAUAGUUGUGUUUUUUAUGUUUUCAGGACUCUGACUGUACCAGCAGAGGGAGACUUUAUUACACGAAACACUGUUUGGUAAAACAGUUUCUAUUAUCUGUUGAGUGCUAGAUAGUUUUGUUGGAAGUUGGGUCUGUCACAACCUCCACGCUUUUGGAAGAAAUUAAUAUCAGAAAAUUGAAAAUGUAAAUUGUUAAUCUUGGUAAGUGUAAUCUAACUUUAUUAAAGCAUGUCUUUUGUCCAAA